UCUCGGCCUGUCUUGGUGAAGAAAACCUAAAAUUUUAGGACUUUUCGAGUGGGAAUGCUUCCAGUGGAAAGUUCGAGCUCUCUGUACGUGUUUGAUUCAACAAAUCGGCUCAAAGUAGAAGAAUUUCGGAGCUAGUUCAUACCAGUAGCUAUGGCGAAACAAGCAAAUACCCUCUUUCUUGAAGACUGGUUGAGAAGCAACAGUGGCAGCAGCAGCAGCAGCAGUGGCGGUGUCAACAACACCAGAAACGCUUCCUCUUCAUCUUCUGCUCGAGCAAUAAUCCAAGCAUGGGCCGAGCUCAGAGAUUGUCUUCAGCACCAAUCUUUUCAACCCCACCACCUCCAAUCGCUGAAGACUCUCCUCAACUCUCAAGCCUCCCUCCAUGUCGCAGACCCUCAAGCCAAGCUUUUGAUCUCGAUCCUCUCUUCUGCGAACUUCUCUCUUCCUCCGGAAUCACGUCCCAUGUUCCUCAGGCUCCUCUAUGUCUGGGUAAGGAAGUCCUUCAGGCCCAAUCCUGUGCUUGUUGAUUCUGCUGUGGGGGUUGUGUGUGGAAUUGUUGUUUCGGCUAGGCUUGAUUCCGACUGGGGUCGUUUGGUGUUCUCUGAGGGUGUACUUGUUCUGGGUGCAUUCUCUGUUGUGCCUGCUGCAUCUGAUGCCUCGAAAGUUCUAUGCUUGGAGACCAUUUGCAGGCUGUUGGAACAAGGUGGUGCCUUGAUGAGGUUGUCUGAAGGAGUCGUAGCGAAUGUCCUUGCAGGAAUUGGAUAUGCUCUAUCUUGUCCUGUCAAUGUUCAUUAUGAUAAAUUUGUGAGCUUUUUGUUGGGCGUUUGGGGGAGUGAAGAUGGGCCUGAGAGUAGUAUUCCAAAUGGACUUAUGAUUCUGCAUUUGAUGGAAUGGGUGAUCUCGGGAUAUAUCAACUCUCGGUCAUUCGAAAAGAUUAGAUUGUUUUCGCAGAUUGCUCUGGAAAAGUCAGAGGAGAAGUAUGUUCCUUAUGCUCUUUCAAUGGCUGCUGGUGGAGUAUUAAGAGCUUCCAAUAGAGUUGCAUCUCGUGGUGCAGGGUUGGAGAUUCUUCGAUUGAGAAGUAGUGCUGAAGACAAGAUGGAAUAUCUUGCUAGUGGAUUGAUUUCCAGAAUGGGAGAUCCUGGGGAUUUUCUUGACUAUCCCAUGGAUAGGCUCCUUUUACAGUGUUCAGCCUUAUCAUUCGCUCGAAGUGGCUCGUUAUCUUCAAGAGCCCCCUUUCUUAUAUGCCUUGCUUCUGCAUUGAUGAAUGAAAUUUUUCCCUUAAGGCGUUUAUAUGCUAAGAUACUUGAUAGUUCUCUUAGCAAUUCAACUAGAAUAAGGCACAAUGAGGUUAGAGAACAUGUGGAAAGUGUUCUAUUUAAGGAAGGAGGAGCCGUAACUGGCAUUUUCUGCAAUCUUUAUGCUUCUGCAGAUGAACAAAACAAAGAUCUUGUGGAGAAUCUCUUCUGGCGUUACUGUCGUCAUUUGUAUUUGGGUCAUCGACAAGUCGUUCUAGUGCUUCAGGGCAGAGACAAUAAUUUACUUGGCGACUUGGAAAAAAUUGCCGAAUCUGCUUUUCUAAUGGUUGUUGUGUAUGCAUUGGCAGUAACAAAGCAAAAGUUAACACCCAAACACAGCAAGGAAACUCAGAUGGAGGUAUCGGUGCAGAUAUUAAUUGCAUUUUCUUGUUUAGAGUAUUUUCGGCAUAUGAGGUUGGCCGAGUAUCUGGAUACCGUCAGGGCGGUCCUUCCUAGUGUUCAGGAAAAUGAGUCUGCAUGUGUAUCUUUUGUAGAGUCAAUUCCUUCUUAUACUGAUCUGACAGUUGGGCAAGGAUCAGAGUACUGUUGGUCCACAGAUGACGUGCAAACUGCUCGCAUAUUGUUUUGCCUGCGGGUUAUUCCAACCUGCAUCGAACGGUUAUUGAGCCCAGUGCUUAGGAAAUUUGUGGCUCCAACUAUGUUCCUAUAUAUGGGACACCCAAAUGUAAAAGUAGCUCUAGCUGCACACGCUUUGUUUGCUGCAUUUGUAUCUUCGGGUAAAGAUUCUUUUGAGGAUCAAAGGGCGUCACUAAAGGAGCAACUUGUGUUCUACUACAUGCAGAGAUCUUUAGAGUUAUUUCCUGCCAUCACUCCUUUCGAAGGUUUGGCAUCUGGAGUGGCAGCCAUUGUUAGACAUCUUCCUGCUGGUAGUCCUGCUAUUUUCUACUGCAUCCACAGUAUUGCUGAAAAAGCAAAUAAGGUAUGCAGUGUAGAGUUCGUUCAGGAUGGUCAUAUUUCUUUGAAAUGGCAAGGAGAGUCAGAACCUUGCAAAGAUCUGCUGGAGUUGCUCCUGCGCCUUUUGUCGCUCGUCGAUAUUCAAGUAUUGCCAGACUUGAUGAAGUUGUUGGCAGCGCUGAUUGUCCAGUUACCAAAAGAUGGCCAGAACAUGGUGCUCAAUGACUUGUACGCACAGGUUGCGGAGUCUGAUGAUCUUACCCGCAAACCCACCUUAGUUUCGUGGCUGCAGUCAUUGUCUUACCUAUGUACUCAAGCUAAGUCAAGUGGGAGUGAUAUCUCCAAGAUUUCUUCAUCGAAGAAAGAAUCACCAAGUUUGAGUGCUAAAGCAGCACGACUCUAAAAUGUUGAGGUGCAGUCUUGACUCUUCCGACUCGAUGUAAUCUUCUUGUGCACACUUGUUUCUGUCAGUAACUUGAUAGAUGGUAAAAUCUGCUUUCCAUUCAGUACUACUAUUAGUUAUGAAAAACAGAAAGACCUCCCGUAAAAAGAUUUUUCAAGAUUUUGGAUAAGUUGGCAACAAUCUCACCAUUUCUACAUGGCAUCAGAUAACUGGUUGUGCGCUCAGUUAAAAUAUUCUUGUUUAGCAUAGGUUGUUUAUCUAAGUUUAAGAUCAAUCGGUAUAGUCCCUUCUCUUUUACCCUGUUGAGUUAAUUUUGCUUCACUUUCCAUUGCAUAGAUGCCACUAGUUAGAGGUUCUUUAAUCUGAGAUUCAAUUAACAUAUUGAUACGUCAACAAGAGAACAAUUACGAAAUAAUUUACAAGAGAGUCGUUUAUAUUUCUAUACCUAAUCACCUAGAUGUAGCUGGUAACAUCAGGAGUGCGCCCUUGUCCCCAACAACUUCGGUCAUGCUGCAUAUCCGAAAAUCAACAAAUGAAUACCUCAGUGGUUGCAUUUUCGCACAUUGCUAACUUGGUCAAUCUGUCUUAUAGAGCUGAAUCUCGAACCUGGUAAGAUGACCCAUGCUUGAAAUUUCCACAUAAAUUUUUCAACAGACAAGAGCUGGCAGACCAAAUGGAGCUCCAUGCCUUAACCUCGCUCCUGACCGGGGUGGAGAUUGAAGUUUCCAGCUGCAAAGCUAUUAGAUUACUCCGAGUUGGUCGUAUUUUCUGCCAAACACAAUCCUGGUCUGCUGCAGCUGUCAGAGACUCUGAAUUGGCUUAAUUCCUUGCUUAUGUUUACCUAACACAGGUUCCAAAUCCUCCUUUUCACCCACACAUUGGAAUGUUCGAUAUUCAAUUGCUAUCUGCUAGUUGUAUGAACUCAAAGAGGAUACUCUCUAUUCUCACAUAUUGCCGACGCCACAACAUGAGCGGAGUCGACAGUUCAACCUACGUGCGUAAAGGAUUGAGCAUGUUCCGACAAUAUCCACAAAUAAUCUGUGGUGAUGCUGACUAGCUACUGCAUCGCACCAGUAAGAAAUAUUGUGGGAUUGGAGAAGAGGUUUACCAAAAAAAUUAUGCAAGGGAUCGCAGUUAAAGACAGGUGCUUAGGGGCAGUACGUUGUAUUAGCUAAAUUUCAAUGCCUUUGUUGGGCACUUUCUGGUUUCCCAAAGUUCCUUUUCUUCUUGUUCUAUCUUUUUGACUAGUUAUUCCAAGUUGUUGAUGGUCCCCUUACACCACACUGGCCCUCCUUUUAACAAGAAGUCCCACUGAAUUGCUUAGCC